CUGAAACUUCCGUAAGCCAGAUUAACUCCACUCCCUUUCUCUCCCUCUCUCUCUUCCUCGUAACAGAAAUAGGGGCGGUCACUUCUCUUAUAUGUUGACGCUAUAAAAAUAAUGGGAAUCUCCAGGAGCAAGGGUAGCGCAGAACCACGCGCAACUUCCAGACAUCCCACGCUCUAUGAAUGAGAAAACUGCGGUUACAGCAGGACUCCUCUCCGGCACGGCCAGUGCCCACACAGCCGGGAACCUCUCCGCGCGCAACUCUACAUUCUCACUUUCCCCGACCAUGGAAUUUAAAGAGCUGGGGGGUGAGGAGGACUCCGGCGGAGACACCGAGGAUCUGGACAACCUCAAAGCGCUGACCGAAAAACUGAAACUUCAGACGCGUCGGCCGUCGUAUCUGGAGUGGAAGGAGAGAUUGCAGAGUCGCCCGUGGGAAGAGGCGCCCACGAGCCCGAACGGAACCCCGUUAGCCGCAGAGGCGGAUGCGAACCCGCUGGAAGUCGUGAUGGACAAAGACUCGGAUCCGACUGUCCGUAACGUCUGUGGCUUUGACACGCUGGACGACGCAUUGGAUUGGCUGAGGAAAGAACUGAGGGAGAUGCAGCUCCAGGACAACCGGUUGGCCCGGCAACUGAUCCGCCUCCGGGCGGACAUCCACCGGCUGAAGGUGGAGCAGGUGUGCCACCGCCACAAGGAGAUGCUGGACGACGCCACCUACGAGCUGGAGGAGUGCGAGGAGGAGUCGGACCUGCUGUGCGACAUCCCCAUGAAGGCCGCCUUCGCCCUGUCCACGCCCCUCAAGCACCUGGGGCUCACCAAGAUGAACAUCAACUCCCGCCGGUUCUCCCUCUGCUAGGGCCCCGCCCACUCUUUGGUGAAGCCACGCCCCCCCCUCUUAAUCCCCAACCCCCUCAUGUGACUAUUUAAGUGCCUGGGCUGCACCAAGAUGAACAUCAACUCCCGCAGGUUCUCGCUCUCCUAGAGCCCCGCCCACUCUCUGGUGAAGCCACGCCCCCCCUCCCCCCCCCCCUUCUUAAUCCCCAACCCUCUCUUGUGACUAUUUAAGUGCCUGGGCUGCACCAAAUUAACAUCAACUCCCGCAGGUUCUCGCUCUCCUAGGGCCCCGCCCACUUUCUGGUGUAGCCACGCCCCCUCACCCCCCCCACCCCUACCCUCACCCCCUCAUGUGACUAUUUAAGUGCCUGGGCUACACCAAAAUGGACAUCGGUCGACUCAUUUAGAUUCUUAUUGUGCUGGGGCUCCCCCCCCCCACUCUGGUGAAGCCACGCCCCCCUCACACUCCCACCCGCUCAUGUGACUAUUUAAGCACUGGGGCGGCACCAAAAUGGACGACUCACUUGGAUUCUCACUCCACUGGGGCCCCGCCUCCAUUCCGAUUAAGCCCCGCCCACUCCAAUGAUGUUCUUCCCCCUUCUUUUUUGUUUCCAGCCCCUUUCACAGUGCCUUGUCUCCCUCUUCCUGGGCCCUUCCAGAACUCCCAAAACUGGGAAGGGGGGGGGGGGGGCAACCACAGGGCUUAUCUCUUAGCAUCACUGUGGGAUGGCUGUGUCUCUGUUCUUUUUUUUUUUUUUUCAGGGACCCCUCACACGCGGGUGAUGGGUGACCCCAAAAACCCAAAGGGUCAGCCUGUGUCCACGCUCCUUUUUCUUCCCUGUCAGAAAGCGCCAUGUCCCCCAGGGUCAUGGGUUCGAGGGCAGGGUAACAUGAGAAACACUGCUACUCAGCCAGAGAUAGAAUGAGAGAGAGAGGGGAGGGGGAUAGAGAGAGAGAUAGAGAGGGGGUGUCAGAGAGAAAGAGCGAGCAAGCGAGAGAGAGUGAGAGAGAGAGGGGGGGAUAGCGAGAGAGAGGGGAGGGCGAGAGAGACGGAGAGAGAAGGGAUGAGAGAGAGAGCAAGCAAGAGAGAGGGGAGAGAGAGAGCAACCAAGCAAGAGAGAGGGAGAGGAGAUGAGAGAAAGAGAUUGCGAGAGAGAGAGAGAGAGAGAGAGUGCCUCUGCUUUCUCUUGCCCUCCCUCUCUCCUCCAAAGUGCCCCUUCAUUGUCUGGGCAAAGAUACAGGAAACAGGAGCUGCUCUCCCUCCCUAAAGAUUAUUAUUGUUUCUUUCUUGGGGGGGGGGGGGGGGGGGGACCAGAAAUAGCCAAAUAGUUCUCAAGAAGUUGGCAGAGCGAAUGAGGGAAAUCUUGGCCUUUGUCUCGGGUUCCCCAGCUCGUUAUGUUCUUGAUUGUUAUGUCAAGAUAGUUUUUUUUUUUUUCUGUCUCCCACCAACACUUCCUUCUUUCGUAUCUCCUUAGUGCAAGAGGACCCACAUGCUUUUAAAGGUCAAGAGGAUUAGUCAGAAUGUCUUCAUGUUGUUUUUCCUCCCUGCAUAUAAAAAAUUUUUUUUUUUUAAAGUGUGCUCUGGGUUGAAAAAACGAGACAAAGCAAGUGAGUGUGUAAGAGAGUGAAAUUAAAUGAAUGAAUUAAUGAUUUUGAGAGAAAGCAGGGAGAAAGGGUGUGCGUUUGUGUACAAUUCGGUGCAAGUAAGUUUUGCAAAGGCAGCAAAGUCUUUUCCUUCUGACUGUCCGUCAAAUGUCCGUCCAAUGAGGACCAGUCUCAAGUUGACAACAGGCAACGGAGGCACACUGGAGAGAAUAUUAAUAUUAACAGAGAAGCAUUUUGUCAAAUAAAUAAAAAUAUAAUUUUUCUUACUUUUGGUUCAGAUGAAAAUCCCAAACAUGAGAUGAGUGUAAUUUUUUGCUUUUUUUUCCUUCUAUUUCUUCGUUCAACUUUUGUGUGAGUUGACCUGGAGUCAUAAAGUUGUUAUUAUUUCGUACGUUGACCCUGUGUGUAUUUGUGCGUCUGAGUAUCCCUGUAUGUGGGUCCUGUUUUAAGGCCGUUCAGGUGAAUGUUCGGCUGUGCACUCGGAUCACAUUUCAAAAUGUUUCCCGUUCUUUUGCGUAUUCAAGUUCCUGUGGAUAAGAAUGUCGACUCAGCGCUAAGAUUCAACACGCGUGGCCACGUGCUUCUGCCUCUGCUCGUGGGGCGCGCCAAGUCGUCUCCCCCGGGCUGGACGUAUGCUAGCGUGUACGCGUCCGCUCUUUUGCGCGUGUGCAUCUCUGCUUAUGGCUGAUCCGUACAGGAAGCGCCUGUGUGUGAGAGAGAGAGAGACAGCGCAGCUUCCUGAAGCCCUGCUGCGUGCAGCUCGAGUUCACGACGUCCUCUUCCUUAAGGCUCAGAGAGCGGUGAGGAGGAGGAGGAGGAGGAGGAGGAGGAAGACCAUGGCAAUGACUCUGCGGGGCAGUGCCCAGCUUUCACCCGUGUUGAAAACUGCUCCCUUUGUUACUCUGCUUUCCUUCAAAGCCCAGCGCGCGAACGUCAAUGUCAGAAUGCAAAUAUUUUAAUAAAAACAUUGCCUUUG